GAUGCAAUGUCUGUGAGGAACAGCUGUUUCCGUCGAGAAGGACUCUAGUUAUGGAGUUUGAAACUAAAAUCUACCCUCAGAUUGGUGGAUAUGGGCGAUACAACCGGAUCAUAACGCUUUUCAGCUGGUUUCCAAACUUUGCGGUUUCGUUGAAUCUUUUCAGCGAUGUUUUCUUCACUCUCGUUCCCGAGUCUUACCACUGCAAACCUGACCUGGCGUUACUGCCGCCGUCUUCUCUUCUCGGAAACCUCUCCAGACAAGCCUACCUCAACCUCAGCAUCCCGUGGCUGAAGGGGUCUGGGCUCAGUCACUGCGAACUUUACAAAUACCCGCUGAAUAUGAGCAACUACACGGAGAGCGAGCCGAGGGACGUGGUGCCGUGCACCAGAGGAUGGGAGUACGGCGAACCGGCGGGACUACACAACAAUUUAGUGACUGAGUGGGACUUGGUAUGUGCCAACUACUGGAAGAUUCCACUCCAGCACAUUUGUUUAAUGACAGGCUGGACCUUGGGCUAUAUACUCCUUGGCACUAUGUGUGACUGGUUGGGUCGUCGAUGUGCUCUGCUGCUAUCAGUGGUUCUUUCUGGUCUGCUGGGAAUCAUGGCUUGUCUUUCUAACAGUCCUUCUGUAUUCCCAUUUCUUCGACUCUGCCAAGGCUCAGCAUUAGCUGGAGUGUUUUUGUCAUCUUAUAUUUCACGCAAGUACUCUCCAUCAUUUGACCUCUUUUUAAGUAUGCGUCUGAUAAGAUUGUCUGCUGUACACAAGUGGUUUUGUAAGAUGCAUGUUUUGCUAGGAACACUUCAGGUCAAUAUUGAAUAGUAUUGGCUUGGAAAA